GUUCUUUUUCCUGCCUGUGACUAUUGACUCAUGGAACCUGACCUUCUGCAGCCCCCUCCCCCUUGUGCUGCUGAUUUGAUUGGAUAAAUUGUAGGUACCCGUGAGAGCAGAUACUAUAUGGACACAGACACUGAUGCCCAGGGACAUAACGCCACGUUGGCAUGCAGCCAUAUAGACAUGGAGCGGCAUAGAGUCUUUCGUUCACCCACAACCGCAUGCGCGUCGAGAGCAGACAAAUACAGAAAGGCUGACAGAGCAUGCAUCGAGUAUAGUACUGAUACGUCAAGAGCUAAGAGGGAAAGACACGGAUAAAUGAUGGAUGGCUAACUCCAGCAGAGCCAAAGGGCUCGUCCUUCCGGGUGUUUCACAAGCCAGCCGCUGGUGCUGUGUUUGCUGUGCUGUAUCUGCUUGGAGCAAGGCAAGUACUUCAGGCGCAGGUAUGCCUCGGUAAUCCUGCCUCCUUUCCUUCCUUCGCUGAGGGACCGGACAAGCGCAUCCACUUCGCCAGGCUCACGAGGGGCGAUGGUGUUCGUCGCUUCAUGAGGCAGCGAAGCGAGACGUGGAGCGACAUGUCUGUUCCAGACCGCAGUCCACUGCCCCCCAAACCCCCCAGCAUGCCAUUGUAUUUCUCUGAUGCCCUCCUUCGCUCCACGUGUGGAAUGAGACCCUCCAGCUACACUCGACAAAUCAUCACAGAAUCGUUGAUUGAAAAUGUCGACGGCGAAAACACCGGUGCACACAACGGUGACUGCCCCCCCGGGCUUCGUGUGUGCAGCAAGGUAUCUCCGGUCCCACAAGGUAGGGUGGUGAGCAGCCUCAAAGAAAUCGGGAGCGUGCAAUUGCAUCGCUUCGUCUGAGUCGACACGAGUCCCGUUGCCCAGAAUCUCUCCAUAUACAUGCCGAUUGUCGAGAAUGAUCGACCAGUACGGCUGCUUCCUGAAUUCCUUGCAGACGCACAUCUCGUCUCCGAGAUCUGACGGCCGCUUAUCAGAGCUGCACCUUUUGAAGGCACUCUCUACAGAGCGAAAGGCUUCACUUCUGAUAAGGGCGCUCUUGAUCCAGCACCGCACCCUCCAUAGGCCCCGGCGUUGGCGAGUGGCCAGCUUAUAGUAGUCCUUCUCAGGGACGAACUCUUUCACGCUGAGAAGAAAAUUGCUGGGCAUCACCGGAUCGUCCGGGGCUUCAGCGAAGGGAAUCACUGCAGUAAGGUUGUCUUGGACAAGUUGCUGGAUCACGUCUGGGCGCUGCACGAUGUACGUGCUGUCAAGAAGGAAGACGUGCAUCGCGUUGCUCUUAUGAGCGAUCUGGAAUGCGUGCGAUUGGGCCUCAGUAACCUUCUUGUCCUUCGUCUCCUCAAUCACGUCUGCAAAUCGUGCAGUGAACCCCUUAUCAAGCUCCAGCCGGCACUUCGGGUCACGCCAGAUGAACAAGAUGGUCUUUUUGUAGUCCAGCUUCAUCUCCUCUAGUCCCCGGACAAAGUCGUCAAUAAAGGGUGAGUCUUUGCAGAGGACUGCGAGAACCAUCAGGGGCUGGACAUAGGGAGAAGACUCGUCUCGGGUGUGCCACUUGGACCCUUCUUCUUUCGACCAUGCCCCAGCCUCAUAGUUGCUGAGAUGGAAAACCAGUUCCUUGCCGCUCCCGGAGUUGCCGUGGACCAUCGCUGCGGCAGGCAGGCCAUCUCGACGCGUAAAGGUCAGGCCCUCCACGGUCCCUCUGCCAUCAUCGGAGUCAUACAAGGCGGGACUCAGCUGCCACUCCCACUCCUUGAGUUGCUGUAGUCCUUGAAACAAGUAGCGAUCGUAGUCGAGGUGUAUCUGGACGCCGUGGCCUAUGUCGUCGUUCAGAUAGCGGAGAGUGUAGUACAGCUGAUCGUCAGCGUCCUCUUUCGCGCCUUCGUCUGUCCAACGCUGGAGAGCCAAACUCAGGGCACUGGCACGGCCUACAUACUGCCCUGAACAUAGGUAUCUGUAUUGGUCUUCGUAGUUGAAGGAUUCUCUGUUGCGAGCCGGCCGCGGAUACCGCUCUCCCAGACUGAUCCAUAAGCACACAGGCAUCAAACGCUUUCGAAACUGUAUAUUCCCACGCAUCCAUGUCGCAGACCUUGGAUCGGGCCACGGGUGGCGGUCGCUCGCAAAUACGAUGGUUUUAUUAUCGGGUAGCAUUGUCCUUACUCGGCGAAGGAGUUCUUCACGAGGAACGCGCACAAGUGUGUCGUGUCCGUCAGUGAACAUGACUAACCUAUAGGACGACGCAACAAACAAUGUGGCUCUGUCAAGUGAUAUAUGGUUCGCCUGACAAGUUUGGUUCCUGUUGAGCGAGCCAGGCCUUAAGGGUAGUCAACUUCUGAGGGGACAAAAGCACUUGUUCUGCAUCCAUGCUUUUUCGAACAAGGACAGUGUAUGUUGUUUCGACAAACCGUGCCAAAUCCACCCCAUUCUUCCUCUAAGCCGAGGGCCACAAACGGCACGUCGAAGUACUCCGCGGACCGCUUCAAGGAUUGGUACCCCUCGACGUGUCCGUCACUUACAACAGUUAUGAGGACGAAACGCGGCACGUCACCAGAAGCACCAGGCAUCCCUCGAGUGAGGUCCACCAUCGUGUCACGAGGCGCCCCUUCCGGGAGAUCCACACAGCUUGUAGUUUCUGGUGUCGAGUGGCAAGGGAACUGACACAGAGACAUGUUCCUCAGGGGCAGCACUUUCUUAGACAGAUAGAGAAUGCGAGAGAGCGCCAGGAUUGACAUGACCAAGGCGACCAAAAACAAGCAAAAGCGUCUUAGACGAGUCAUUUCUUUCCUGCCGUCCGUGUUGCCUCCGUUUACGAGACCUGUAGAGAAGGCUUUCCGUUGCCUGCAGAUGUGAGGGAUGCACUUCUCACCGUGGGAGGUGAAUCAAGUGUCCCUUUCCAGUGGUCCGCAACUACACCAAGUGUCCCCUUCCAGGCUUGAUCCCCU